CUCGUCGUCUGUGUACAAUUUCAGAUCUUUGAAGUGUGAAAGAAAGCCAGGUUCAGUGACGGGGGAAUAAAAUGUCUCAACAAGACAGCUCUUUUUCAGACUAUCUGUCUCAAAAUUACGCGAUGAGUUUUCACGCCUCAACUUCCAAUUUUGAUGACAUACCUAAAUAGGUAUUUUUCAGAGUUGAUGAAUCAACUUUCAACUGAUCAAUCGAGAAAAAAAAUGGUAAAAAUGAUCGCAUGAGACCAAUGAAGGUAGUCCUGCUCGAGGGGGGGGGGGGUGUCUAAAAGUAUUUCGAAUUUUUUUUCGAACCAACGUAUUCCUUGAACGUUUAUCGAUAAAAUAACCUCAGUUGACCAUUAAUUCGAUGGAAUUUUUACACUAAUUCAUCCAGAACUGUAAUCGUAAUAGUUCUAUGCUUCUGUGGAAUGAUAUGUCAUUAUUUAUCUGUAUUAAAUUACAUUAGUUACACUUCGAGUUAGGUAAUCGUUCGUUAUAUAGGCCUACAUGCGAGCGCCUAUUUGAGAUAUGAUUAGAUGUUCACGCUUGUAUUGAAAAAUAUUCAUUUUACGUUUUUUAAUAUUUUUUAUAUUCGGUCUCGUGAUUGUACUCGUCGUCGCGACGAAAUAAAUUGUAAUUAUUGGUGAAAAAGAGAACUUAAUUAUUGAUAUUUGUGUGGUUUAUGAAUUCUGAAUGAAGCAGUUACACUUCAUUAGAUAAUAUAUAUUAAACGCGAAUAACGCAUUCUUUUCACUUUUUUUUUGUGCAUCGUGAAAGUGUUGAAAGUUAGUAUAAAAUAACCAUAAUAUUUGUAAAUGAUUCAGUAUUGAUGUGAUCACGAGCACCAUGAAGUUGAUAUAUCAAUUGUUUUGCCUCCUAGGCAUUUUAGUCACAAUUCAAGCCAGAUCGAAAUACAUAGCAAUACCUUUAGAUAACUUGCAAUUAUUCGAAGUACCAGAUCAAGAUGCACACAUGAACAUGCCGAUUAUUCGUGUACCUAGACACGCUCUCAAUAAUAAACCAAAAUUUAACGGGCACUACACGCAACAACCUCAGGCCGAAGCUUCAUCUCAUUUCGAGCAAGCCAAUUUUAGUCCUCAAGAAUAUGUAGAUUACGGAGCACAUACCGGACAUCACGGAGCUUUUGGAUGGUAUGCAGAUUUCCCCGUGCAUAAAGAUAAUUAAUAGACGGUACAUCUAGGAUUACAGUUAAAUAAGUACAAAGGCGAAGAUCAACGGAAGCGUAAAUACACAAACAAAAAUAUCGUUUAUUUAACAUUAAAACUACCUAACAAAAGAAAGAGAGAGAUAGUAACAUAUGGCAUACGUUGAGAAUUACAUUACAGUCUUUAAUAAAAUGCAAAAGUCUUGCCUGGGAAAUUGCUGAAAAUAUUUUUUUAAUAAAUAAACAUGGAAGAAUUAUUGCUAAGAUUUCUUAAUUAUAAUAUUCGUUGUUUGA